UCGUUUUCUCCGAGCCUCUUAACGUUCCUUUCCCUUCUUCAACUCCUCCUCUCUUCAUUUUCACCCCCAAAAAAAUUCAUAAAAAUUUCAAAAUUCUCCGAACCUAGGGUUUCAACAGAGAGAAAUUUGAGAAGCAGUGAAAAUUAAUGGAGAAUUUAUCUCUGAUCGACGUCUCGUCAGAGGACGAUCUCCUCAUCUCAUCGUCUUCUGAUCGCCACCGGGAUCUGAGAUCUUCAGGCCUUGUAGAAAAUAAUGAUGGGGAUAACUGCUUUGUGUUAGAGUCUGUUGAUGCUCGUGAAGAGGGGAAUCCAGUGAAAAUGAGCAAGCAAUGGGGGCAUGUCCCUGAGAAGUCAGAAUCCCCAGAGCAAAAGCGAGCAAAGUCUGGGAAGGUUAAUUUGCGGAAAAGUUUAGCCUGGGAUAGUGCAUUUACCAGUGAAGGUGUCCUCAACACUGAAGAGUUGGCUAUUGUGAAUAGCACAUUCAGGAAGAUUGAAUUGUGUUCGUUACCCGGAAUUCAAGAAGACUUGCGGUUAUCAACAGAGUCAACCUCUACCUUGGACGGUGAAAGCUACAAAUUGGAAAAUCUUGAAGGAGACUUGUUUGAGAAUGUGCGAGCUUCCAUCCAACAGUCACUCAGCAAGCACAAUAACUGUCCAAGUGGGAAGUCAGAUACACCCCGCAUUUGCUCAAGGAAGAAGGUUGAAGUUGCUUUUCAAACAAAGAUGAAACGUCCUGUUACUUUGAAAAGAGAUGGGAUCAGCGGGCAGCGACUUGAAUGUAAUUCAAAGGAAGCUGUCCUUGGUGCGAAAGAGGCUGCUAAGGAAACUGGCGUAUCAAAAUUAUUAUUGAAGCCACCUCAGGUUGUGCCUAAAUCCAUUGUACCAAGCAAUAAGGGUUCUUCUGGCAGCACACAGAUGAAAGAUAACACCAGAACUUUGUCUGGCAAUGGUGCUAAUCGACAGGGAAUAGUAACUUUUAAUAAGGGUAAUGAAGUUUCAACCAGAAUGACCUCUAGGCCAGUUUCAUCGAUGAAACCUAAUGCUUCUUCUCACCUAGGCACAAUGUUGCGCUCAACGUCUUCUUGUUUAUCAAAUAGUAGUCCACUUAACAGUUUAUCUCAUUUAAAAGAUAAUUCUCCCUUGGAACGAAGAAGGAAAAGAAAUGCUUCAAAGAACAGUGAGCAGCCUCUGUCCGGAUCAAAGCAGCAAAACAUAAGCCACUCCAAAUCACGUGCAAGUUCUACUUUCAAAUUCUCUUCGGGAGCAUCUCCCAGCAGUUCAAUGGACAGCAUUAUCUCAGAGGCAACUUCAUCAACGUCCACUAUUAAGCCCAGUAGCUCGGUGGAGAGCUUUGCCAGUUCAACUUCUUCAUCCCCUUCCUUAAGAGUUGCAACACAUCAGCCACGCAUCAGAAAAGAGAGUUCUGUGAAUCUUUUACAUGCCCGUCCUAUUGCUAAUGUACCUGCAGGUACUCGUGUAUUAUCUGAGUCAUCAAAUAAGGAUCACCCUAGAAGCUCCAUCAAUAACAACACAGGAUUGAGAGGUUCUAAACCAUCAGGACUCCGGAUGCCAAGCCCCAAAAUUGGGUAUUUUGAUGCGGAGAAAUCUCUAGUGCGCAAUUCCAACAAAAUUUCACAGAUUGGCCUAAGAAGCAGCUUACUGAAGGGAAACAGUGGAACCAGCGCUGAUGCAGUUGGCACAAACAGACCAAAGUCCAGUAAGACUCCCUCUAUAAGACCUGCAGCACGCAAAGAUUCAUCUCCCAUUUCCAUUGAAGAGAGUCAAAGCAUGGUUCAUAAAGGAACACAAGCAGCAUACCAGCUAGAUAAAGAGGAAAAGCUCGAGCAAUCAGGAACAUUUGAUUCUGCUUCCGUAAGGGUUGAGAAGGAAAAUCUGAUUCCUGCACAUGAAAUGAAUUGCUUAACGCGUUCGCCAAUUGAAUGUCAGAAACUGCCAGCUUUGGAUAUCAUGGGCAAGAAGAUGUCUUCUCUCUCUAUUUCUAGCGAUCUUGUAGGCGGGAAUUAGAGCUAUUUACAAAAUUCAGUGAUCGCGUCACUCAAAAGAAACAGAAGAUGGAUUGCAGCAGUGGAUUGAAUUGUUUUAGGGGUGUUUGUUUCACCAAAAAUUUUGGCAUUUGGUAUGGAUUACAAAUUUUAGGAUCAAAAAGUGAGUUUUUUGGUAUUUUGGGAUUCCAUAUAUGUUGUUUGCUUUAAGAAAAUUUUUAGAAUAUUGAAUCCC